AUGAUAACUGUUCCGCAUCAUCAGCAUCUACAACCUCCACCACUUCCACAACUGCGUCCACCUCAUAUUCAGUUGCCUUCAGUUGACCAACUCGAAGACAUCCCAAGGCUUUCGGUUACUACGCCGAAUAGUCCGCUGUCUAUCACAGAUUUCCUUAAUGCAUACGGUGACAGGAACACUCAAUCAAGCUUUGGCUCUCCUUCUCACGGAAGAUUCAGUUCCGGUACGAAGCAGAGUUUGGAAGUCGAGGAUCGCCCUUCGGUCUCAGAAGACCAGGAAGAGACGGGAUCGAUGGGGAAUCUGCGGUUCGGCGCGCUCAUGACGAGCAAGUGGCUGUCUUUUGGACGAGUGUUGUUCAGUCCGGCACAUUAUGAAGUGCAGGAGCGCAGUGAGAACCGCGUCCUGAUAUUGGAUGGGCUUGGAAAGGAUUGGUCGUACUACGCCGCCCUCACUUAUCCAAACGCCACCAUCUACAGCCUUGGUCCCGACCCCACCAUCGCCUCCCCAACGUCCUCUAACCCAGCCGGACAAUCUCCCACAAACCAUCGCCAUAUCCAUCACCCGUACCCCAACGCCCCAUUUCCCUUCCCCCGCGGCUUUUUCGCCUGCGCCGUCUUCCGCUUCCCACAGGCCGUCCCCGACUCUGCUUACAGCGCCACCCUCUCCGAGUGCAAGCGCGUCCUCCGGCCCGGCGGCUACCUCGAGGUCUUCGCCCUGGACCUCGACCUCCUGAACAUGGGUAAUCGCGCCCGUCGCGCCGUCCGCAGCCUCAAGGAACGCAUGCAGUUUGCGCAACCGGGGGUGAGCUUGAAACCCGUGGCCGACAACUUGAUGCGGUGCGUCGGGAGGAGGGGGUUCGAAGGCCUGCAGCGGUGUGUGGUCGGCGUCCCUAUCUCAGGGCCGAUCACGCGCAGCAUGGAUGAAAGUGGCAGUGGCGAAGAAGGCGAUGCGGAAGGUAGCAGCGGUGGGAGCAAGGGGAAAGCCAAAGCGGACGAGCAGAGUGUCGAGUCAGACGCCUCGGAUGGUGGCGACGCAAACAUCACCAAAAUGGUUGCGAGAGUUGGAAGAUGGUGGUAUACGCAAUGCUACGAGAGCGGUGCAACAUCGUCGGAUAAAGAGACGGGGCAGAGCAUCUGGGAUGACCGGACAUUGCUGCGAGAGUGUGAGCGUAGGGGAACGAAUUUUAGGCUGUUGAUCUGCUAUGCGCAGAAGCCGAUGGUGGUGAAGCGAAGGACGGUCAGUGUUUGAGAGGCGCCCGGACAUUCUCCUAUCUUCUUUCGAUUCGAUGGAGAGCGAGCCGGACUCAUUCACCGUUUAUUUUUGCAUGGCUCUUCUUUCGGGUUCGGUUUGCUGCGUUCAAGCGGGGGUUCUAUCAUUUCAUUCGGACAGCUACCUCCCUCCAUACG